AUGGGCAAACAGAAAGAUGUGUACUACAAAAAAAUAGGACAACAGUCACAAUUACUUGGUGAUAUUUGGUCACAUCAAGAGCCCGGCAGCUUGUCAUCUCCUACAAACUCGGCCAUCAGAUACUUUGCCAGAUGUUCCUGGUUUGCCACCUUAGGAUCACUUGUUCAGCCUAUUGGAUCUCUAAUAAUAGGUAAUGCCACGGCCAGGAUCAAGUAUCCACCUCAGCAAGCACUGCACUCUACCACCUCAUCCAACACCAACUUGGCUUCACUUCCAACCUUAACUACCGUGAACACUCCAAACGUUGUCGUUCCAGAGGCGACUUCGGCACCGCCUUCUUUGCCAACUGCAUAG